UUUACCAACAACAAAAGUUUAUACCAAGUGAGCGAUGCGUUGUUAUUUCAUGGGGCUGACGGAUCGAUGAAUAGCCCAGACGUGAUACCAAUCGAAAAAAGGCCAGCUAGGCAAUUAUGGGCUUUCCAAACCAUGGAAAAUCCAUAUGUCACCCGAGGGCCAUCUAUACUAGUCGACAUAAAAUCCUUUCUCGAUAAUCUAUUCAAUAUAAUGAUCACUUACACUCGUCAAGCUGAUCUUCGAAGAUGUUAUGGCAGAGUGGUUCAAAAUUACACUGAUUUACAAGUAAAUCAUGAUUAUUUUAAAGGCAAAACAAAAAUGAUCGCUUGGGUCGGCAGUGGAUGCUAUAAAGGUCGGUUAGACUUUUUGCAUAAUUUAGCAAGGUUGGUACCUAUCGAUUUGUACGGCAAAUGUGGUAACUUAACUUGCUCUAAGAGCGGUGCAUGUUGGCUAAAAUUAUCGCGGAAAUACAAAUUCUACUUAAGCCUCGAAAAUUUUAUUUGCAGAGAUUAUGUGACUGAAAAAUUGUAUUUUAACGCAUAUCAACACAAUAUGAUACCCAUCGUGGUCGGAGGGGCGAAUUAUAGUGAUCCAACCGUAGCGCCACCAGGUUCUUAUAUCAAUGUUCAAGAUUUCACUACUAUGCAACAGCUAGCUGAUCAUAUUAAAAGAGUUGGCAGCAAUGCCACAUUGUAUAACAGCUAUUUUAAAUGGAAGGCUUCUUACCGAACCGACUUAAAGAGUUGUGAUCAUAGUUCUAGUUUAUGUAACCUAUGCCGCAAGCUC